UGAACAACAGGACGAUCAAAUGAAUGGUGAAGGAGGAAAUGAAGAAUCUGGCGGAGGUGAUGCUCCUGCUGAUAGCGGUAGUGCAGAAGCACCGGGUCGAGAUGAUGACAGGAAAUUGUUUGUUGGUGGCCUAAGUUGGGAAACAACAGAUAAGGAACUCCGAGAACAUUUCCACACAUAUGGCGAGAUUGAGAGUAUAAAUGUGAAGACUGAUCCCAACACAGGCAGAUCCAGGGGAUUUGCAUUCAUUGUCUUCUCACAAGCAGAUUCUAUCGAUAAGGUUUUAUCUGCUGGAGAUCACAUCAUUAAUAACAAAAAGGUGGAUCCAAAGAAAGCGAAGGCACGGCAUGGCAAGAUAUUUGUUGGCGGGUUGGUACCUGAGCUAUCAGAUGAUGACAUCAAGAGUUUCUUUGCGCAAUAUGGCACGAUUGUCGAGGUUGAAAUGCCAUUUGACAAGACAAAGAACCAGAGGAAAGGUUUCUGCUUCAUUACAUUUGAAUCUGAACAAGUUGUUCAGGAGUUGCUCAAAUCGCCAAAACAGUCAAUCAAUGGCAAGGAGGUCGAUGUUAAGAAAGCUACCCCAAAACCUGAUGGGAUUGGUGGAAUGAGAGGAGGCCGCGGUGGGAGAGGUGGUCGCGGCAGAGGGAGAGGAGGUAGGGACACACGGGUGAAAGGUUACGGAGGCCAAGGGUGGGGUAACCAGGGCGGAUAUGGUGGUUACGGCUAUGACCAGGGAGGCUAUGGAGGAGGUUAUGGAGGUUACGAUUACUACGGCAGUGGGUAUGGAAAUUAUGGCGGUUAUGGUGGAUAUGAUUACACUGGAUAUGGUGGAUAUGGAAACUAUGACUACGGAGGCUACGGCAAUAAUUAUGAAGGCGGAUACAGUGGUGGAAGAGGUGGUGGCCGUGGGAAAGGCAGUACAGGUGGAGGUUACAGUGGUAAGCAGAGGGGUGGGAGCCGCCAGACACAGAGACACCAGCCAUAUUAACUCAAAUUCUGUGUCUGUGUCACUCUUGUGUUUUGUCUUGCAGAUUAGUCCACAUGGUGUCUUUCUAAUCAUCAACCAUGUCAUCGUACAUUGCAUCAUUCCAUUUAUUCACAUAGAAGUUAUCACCAAGUCCUACAGUUGCAAAAUAAACUGUCAGUAGUGUUCUGUGGCUGUAUUAAUGAAGUAUGGAGUCAGUGUGAAGUUUGACAAGACCGGUCUUUUUUUUAUAUAUACACAUAUAUACUGAAAGUUGUGUUACAUGUGUUUAAGUUGCUACAGUUCACAGGAUAAUUGAGGAAGACCUUGAAGUUCACAAGGUUCAAAUGACUGUUGCUCGCUCGUCUUCAUUUUGGCAGUUCCCAUGCAGUGAAGUUACGUGGUUUCAAGAUCAACUUUGUUUUGGGUGUAACAUCAGUAACGCUUGCACUUGUAUUGCCACAAUUCGUAUCUAUUUGAAAAAUAAACAUUGCAGUUUUAACAAAUUGUGAGUCAUUUUGUUAUGAAUGCCAUGUUAAAUUGUGAUUUGACAAUACAAUUUCAACAUUGUGCUGAUGAUUUUCAAUAAAUAGUUUUGUGUAAAUUUUUGUUUUUCCCACAUCAUCUGGGAAUGUAACUGCUUCUGUAUAAUGUUAAUAAUAUGUAGGUGGUAUAUGAACAGGUCAGAUUAGACUUUUAAUAGUUUAUACAAUCAGAAGAAAAUGCAAUCUUCCUACACUCUUAAAUACAAGUACAUAGUAUUAAUUUCAUAAUCUUUGAUGUGAAAUACAGAAAGAUAAAAGUAAAAUUUUGUAUAAAUUUCUAAAUAAUUGAACAGGUGAGUCAAGUCUGCAGGUAGAAACUGUUUUAGUGAACACUGCUGUUGACAGUCCACAAUCUGAUACAGAAUAAUGUAGUGUUAGGUCCAUAGAGAAAUAUCUCUUUCAAAGUAUUGGCAAAUAUUCAGCAGAUCUGUUCUAUAGAAUUUUGUAGAAGUUGUGACCUUGAACAUGGAAGUACUGCAACAUCUAACACUUGUAUUAUUGGGCUGGCAGUUAGAAACUUUCGUGUUAAUGGAUUAGUAGUAUGCAAGUCUGAUGCAUAGGCAGUCUGACCUCAUGUAAUAACUUCAAUAUGCCACAAGCUUAUAAACUUCCCAUCCAACUCAUCAUGUGCUAUAUAGUUGGAUGUGCCAAGUUGUACCAACAUCACAUGAAACUGAAGUAGUGGCAUAUUGUUUAAUAUCCACUGCUAGCAUUUUUGCUUUGAGAAUAUUAGUUAAUCUUGGUCACUAAAGAUGCUGCAAAUUUCUUGAUCAAUUUGCAGGGGAAAAUACCAGCUAAUGGUAUGGAACAUUUGGUGAGAAGUGUACAUUUUUCACUGCCUUUCAUGGAACCUUGAAGUCUGUUUCCAUGUUUACAAAAGCCUGUCCUGAGCCAGACCCACCAACCCUAUUCCUUGGAAAUGCUACCUUGAAGUUCAGGUUGUAAUUCAUGCAUUUUUUAUGUGGCAAGGUCUACAUUCUUCAAACAUUUUGGUAUGGCAUAAUUUGCCAUCACUGGGGGUGAAAGCUUCUAAUGAACUUCUGCUAUAGGACAUGAGCAAUGAAGGGAACUACUUUAUAAAUGAAAGAAGAAUGCAAAGUGUUAAAAAUAUUUGUGCUGUGUUAAAGUCACAGUUUCUGCAAUUUGUAUCUUGCAUAAAUUAUUGAAAUGUUUGAUUUCUUACAUGUUUCAAGAUACGAAAAUAAAGUAAAAAGCAAUAAAGAUAAAUGGUUGAAGUUU